GCCCAGCUGUUACACUACACUAGCCUGAGUCAGGCAUUGUUUUCCAAGCCACUAUCCCCGAUCGGGCCAACGCAGCCUUCAAGGGGGAAUGUGACCAGGAGAAUAGCCUGCUGAACCUUCCAAGAUGGACACCUUGUCUCUUUUUAUUUAUUUAUAUUUUUUUUCUUUUGAUUUGUUUCCUUUCAUACUUUUCCCAUGUUGUCCACUCUCUACUGUCUCUAUCUAGAAAAAAACAACAACAGUAUUGCUUAAUCUCUAGCUUUGUGUUUAUAUUUGUUAUUUUGGUUUGUUGUUUUAAAUUAUUGUCCAACCCCCCACCCCCCUCUCUCUUUCUGCUACAGCUGCGGCUUGUGUGUGAUUGAGUUCUGUCCAGGUUGCUACGGCAUACCGGUGGGAUGUGUAUCACACAUGGGAUGCUAGGAGGAUCACUAACACUUUGCUCUCUUGUCACCUACUCCUGUUGACGUAGCGAGGGUUUAGACAUUAUAAAAAAAAAAGUGAGACCCAGUAGAAUCUUUUAAAUUAUAUUUGCACUUUUCAUCUGUGCUGUAAAUCUGUAGUAAAAGGUUUUUUCCGCUCACAUUACUACAUCACAGAGCUCUGGUAUGGAUGUUUAGUAUUUAUAAAUACCACAUUCAACAUCAUUUCUCUUUUUUAACUUGGAAAUUUGUGACACAUGAUUUAAUGCUUUGCGUCGUUAUUUGUUUUUAAUAUACAGGAACUUUUUUUCAAAUGGUAAUUCAUGCUCAGUGCCUCCAGCUGUAAUGUACUGAACUUUUUGUUUCUCAUUGGUCUUAACGUAGCUCUCCUCUCCAGCUAUAAAAGCAGCUGACUUUAAUCCAGAGUGGAAUGAGAACAAUUCCUGAUCGGUUGUUUUUAAAUAGCUAAGUCUUUGGCUAACAUUUCCCACAGUUCUUAAAAUUGUUGUUCUUUUCUGUAUCUGAUGUCCUGUGUGCUAUUAGUGAUGCAGCCAUUGGGGUUGUCUUGUGUUGCACACCUUUCCAACACUGCGAAACGAUCGCCCCACGGAAAAGCGCCCAUGCUUGAUAUCGUAUGGUUCAUGACCAAUAUGUUUCCAGUACAGGGAAGAUCCCAGAAGAGGCCAAGGCCUUGUCUCUUUUGGCACCUGCCGCCCCGGUGCCCAGUCUGAUUCCUGGCGGGGGACUGCUACCAAUUCCCACUCCAGCUCCGCUUCAGAACCUGAACCUUCCCAUAGUGAGUCGGCUGACGGCUGCCCUGGACCCCACAGCAGCAUCAUCGAGCGCCCAGCCCCCCCUCAUGGGAAACGUGGAUCCCUCAAAAGUGGAUGAGAUCAGGAGGACCGUCUACGUUGGCAACUUGAACUCUCAGACCACCACUGCAGACCAGCUGCUGGAGUUCUUCAAGCAGGUGGGAGAGGUGAAGUUUGUGCGAAUGGCCGGAGAUGAGACUCAGCCGACACGCUUCGCCUUCGUAGAGUUUGUGGAGCAGGAUUCAGUCGCCAGAGCCCUCACAUUCAACGGAGUCAUGUUCGGAGACAGACCCCUGAAGGUUAACCAUUCCAAUAACGCCAUCGUCAAACCCCCAGAGAUGACGCCACAGGCCGCCGCCAAGGAGCUAGAAAGUGUGAUGAAGAGGGUGAGGGAAGCCCAGUUUACCAUCGCUGCUGCCAUAGAGCCAGCUGACAUAAAGAAGCGCUCCUCCAGUCGUUCGAUGAAGUCGCGCCGGUCACGCUCGCGGUCCCGCUCCCACUCAAGAACGCACAGGAAAAGGAGCCGCUCGAAACACAGACCAGUGGCGAAGUUGUGGCCGAGGACUGACUCCCACAAUUCCCGAAGCACCCACAAGAGGCGCUCUCGCUCCCGAGAAAAGAGACACAGUCGGAGUCGCUCCAAGGGCCACAGGAGGAGGAGUAAGGAUCAGUCAAGGAGCCCACGGAGGAAAGCCAGAUCACCCUCACCUAAAAGAGGUAGGAAAGACAAGAGGAGGGAGCGCAGCAGGGACAGAAAGGACCGCUCCACAUCCAGGAAGAGGAGCCGCAAGGACGAGGACAGGAUAAAGAGCAAGGCCAAGCCAAAGAAGGUGGAAAGGGACUAUGGGCGGGAAGAAAAGGACGACUAUGAAAGCGAAAGAGAGGACGCGCUCAGCGACGACAUGAUGUCAUCGCCGUGCACCCAGCAUAACGGCAGCUACAAGACUCACAGUGCUGAGUAGUGAUUAUUACUACACCAUACGAACUAAUCGCAUCCCAUCUCAGCGACCACGGCGUGCGUGUAAACUCCGGGCGAUAACCACUCAUUAUCAGCGUGUUUUCUCAUCAUCAUCAUCAUCUCAUGACAUGAUUAUUUCUUUAUCUCCACAUUCUUGGCAACGCGUGGAUUCCUGUGAUUCAGCUGAUAUUCAGUAUCUAACUCAAAGGGCAAGUGAGCAUUUCGGUACAGCAGAGAUAGCCCCGCCUCUUCCUGUUUAGAAGGGAGGCUGAAGAUUUUGCAGAAGGUGCCCAUGGUACGACAGCACAACACUAAAUAGUUGAGUCGACUCCUCAACAAUAACAGGACAAUAGAAGCUUCCUUAACAAACAAACUGGAUUGCAUAAUAUUAUAUGGUUUUCCACCUCCUUUAUGCUUUAAUGCUCAAAGAACUCAACUUUUUUUUUUUUCUGCAUAGAUACAAAAACUGUAAUCACCUACCACAGCAGAAAAGAAAAAAGUGCAGCCGCAGAGCUUUUCAAACUCCUCGUCGACUGUCACAAGAAAGAUAUGUCAUCAUCUCGUCCCCACAGGCAGAGCAGAGUUUAUACUCGUUUCUCCAACAAUAAGAAGCCAGAUUUCAGUCAUAGCUUUGUCCAAUAUCUCAUUGAUAUCACUUGAAUCCUCCAUUCCUCUUGUGACACUUUGACUAUACACUUCAAUAGUCCAGAAAGCCUUCUAUGCCUCUUACCUUGUCAGUAUUUGUCACACUCAAGUAUACAUGCCUUUUCUUUAAAAAACCAAACAAUGUUUUUGUCUUAAUGUUGCAAAAACCUAUAUGCAGUAUAUAUUAUACAUAAAGGGAAAAAAAAAAAGAGGUGGAGCUAUUUUUAUGCAGAAGUGAGGACAUUUAAUCUACUCAAUAUGUGCACAGAUACAUGCACAUAUACUCAGAAAAGGGCUUGGAUUUGGCAGUUUAUCUGGAUUGCAACAUACAUAAAGUUGGUUUACUCUUAAAGCAGGCGGCCUUUAAUACAAUAUAUUAAAGAAAUAUAGUAAAAAUACUGCAGUAAAUCAUUUGUAUUCAGUAAUACCCUGUUUAGGGUGGAGUAACUUCAGUGGUAACAGCAGGGGUGUUUUACAUUCUGUGUCUUGGAACCUUCAAUUUAAUCGUCAGUUUCUCAUUUUGCUUUUCAUUUAUCAUAAAGCAACUGUUUUCAGAGUUUGCAUCAGUUGCAUUUCAGACAAAACAUUAAAAAAAAAGAUUAUGGCAUAAUCCAGGCUGUUAUCAUAUUAGAUUCCGUGUCUAGACUUGCAUCAAAAGGAAAGUGCCAAUCAAAGCAAGGAUCUCACCAAUUAAACCAUGCAGACAUUUCUUAUCUCAUUAUCGACGCCUCAUGAGUUAAAAUGUUUUUGGUCCCUUUCUAUUCUGCUGCUGUGAGCUCGGUGUGGCUGACAGCAACUUCCCAUUUUCUGCUAGGUGUGAGAACAUGAGGGCCCUUCUCAGUGUAUGCAUCAAUUUAAAACUGGUAAACAAAAAAUGCUCAUUUGCCCUUUUGUGUGCUGUUAAAGAGACUUGAACAAUGUGAGGAGUGCUUUGUUCCUCGUUCUGCACCAUUUUUCGCCGUCAUCUGAGAACUGGAACGUCCUGCAAAAAAUGUUUGCUGUUGAUUUUAAGAUUUGGAGUGCUGUAAUUAUGAGAAUGCAGAAUGGUAUUAGAUUGUUUCUGUUAACCUUUUGCUAAUAUAUCGUUAGCAAAAGAUACAUAACUCAUUCUGUCAAAAAAAGGAAUACAUCGCUUUACUUUCUGUUUCUGUUUUAUCGGUGUACAUUAACUUGCUUUUUUUAUAUUUCAGAUUAGUCACAACGAUGUAUCAUGUUCCUUUUCAUGUUGUUGUAAUGCUGUGAGAUGAAAGAAAACAAUAUUUACUGUUUUUAUAGAUACAAAACAAGCCGAAACUGUAAAAAAAAAAAAAAAAAAUGCUGGUGGUUUGCAAACUGUCUGUCAGCUCAUAUCGCUCAAAGUGAGAUGCAAACAAAGCCCAGAGUGUCAGAUAUGUGUCAGAUAUGUGUCAGAUAUGUGUCAGAUAUGUGUCAGAUAUGUGUCAGAUAUGUGUCAGAUAUGCAUCAGAUAUGCGUCCGAUAUGUGUCAGAUAUGUGUCAGAUAUGUGUCAGAUAUGCAUCGUCCGAUAUGCAUCAGAUAUGUGUCCGAUAUGUGUCAGAUAUGUGUCAGAUAUGUGUCAGAAGUCAACUAACUGCUUGUGAGCACAGGAGGGUCAAAAGUGCCUAGACUAAGAUUGUACAGAAUAUUCUAAAUAAAACAUGGAGACUUAUUGACAAAUGCAACCUGAAUUUAUUGCUUAGGAUGUAAAAUAGCUAAAACUAAUGAGAUGUUAUAUUUAAGUAUCGUCAGAUGUCUUUAGUAAUUAAUAGAGUAGAUUCAACAUUCAUGGGACUUUUGUGGAUUUGUCUUUUUAUUUUAACAUUUGUCAUUUCUGGUUUUUCAGUAUUGUGAUUGUGUCAAAAAUUGUAUCUGCAAACAUUGAGAUCAGUGUUUGUUUGUUUCUUGGAAAGCUGGUUAUAUUUUAAAAGGAGACUCAAAUUCCACCGAUUGCUUUUACAAACUUAAUUUAAAUGUUUCUUUCUUGUCCUGCUUUUUUUCAGUACACUAAGCUUCAGUUUGGAGUGGUGAACUCUUGAAAAGGUUUAGUAAAAAACAUUUCCAACUCAAACUAUUUUAUUUUUUUAUAUCCUUGUACCCACUAUGUUCGGUUAAAACAGUAGAAAGGAUUGAUGGUUUCCUCCUGGGGAAUGUCUGUGUUUGGGACUUGAUGUAAAGAUUUGGUAUUUGAAGAACUUGGAUGUUUGUAUGUAUGUAGUUCUCCUUCGUUUGAAACUAGCGAUACAUCUGAUCUGUUUCCAAAAACACCCAAUAAAGAGACUUUUCAUUCAGUU